AUGUUGGAAUUAAAUCUAGAUAAAAAGAAAUGGAAAGAUUAUUUAAAAACAAGGGGAAGUCCAACUACACCAAUCUUAAACAUACCUUCAACUUUUACGCCUCCAAAAAGAAUUAUAUCAGAUAUAUCUUAUCCUAUCCCACAAUCUAAUUCAACAAAUGAUUCAAAUUUUGAUUUACUGCCAUUAUUCAAAUCCAAAUCAGCUGCAUCAACACCAUUAAAGAGACAAGACAAUACGUUUGCUAAUAUGGUUAGAGAUGAAAAAUCAGUAUCAUUUGCAAAUCUAAUUAGAGAUAAACCUAUCGAAUCAGAAAUUGUAUUUGAAUCGUCAAGUAUUGUUCAAACUACACCAAGUCCAAAUCUCGAAAUUAAAGAUCAAAGCGAGAUAUGUUUUGUUUGUAAUGAGUCACUUUCACUUGUGCUUAUAAAUGAGAAAAUACUUAAAUUGCAUUGUGAUGAUUCAAUUCAUGAACAAUGUUUUAAAACUUAUAUUAAAUCAGACAAUGUGUUGCAAAUUUUAGAUAACGUGAUAGUGUUAAACAAGUUGUGUUUUGGUAAGAAUUGUUCAUCAUUAAAUAAGAAAUUGAUGAUUGGAAUAGAAAAUGUUGCUUUAAUACCUGAAGCACUGAAAGAGAACGAGGUUAUCAAAGAGAGAUCGCCAUUACGUAAUAUUUUGAGGUCAACUAUAGAUGAGACAUUUAUAAGGAGAGAUACGAUGAUAAGGAGAGAUACGAUGAUAUCUACUCGUCUGAAUUCACCAGAUUCAACAAUGUCAAUAACAGAAGAACUCGAUACAGAAGAAAUAGAAAUGAUACGAAACAAACUAAUUAAAUAUCUCCUCGAAAAUUCAAAUAUAAAUUAUAGUUCAUUAUUGACACUUGGGUCAUUGAGAGUAGCAGAUUCUCUCAACGUCAAUUAUAAUUACAAUUAUGUUUACCUAUUUGAUAAUUUUAUAGUGAUAUGGAAUAUAGGCACCGAAACAAUUCGAAAAUCAAUUAAAAAUGUUUCAAUAUCAAGCAAGGAGAAUAUUUUAGAAUUAAAAUUUGCUGACAGUGUGAUUAAAUUACAUUCUGAAGAUUCUAAAAUUAUUGAGAAAUGGGUUAUUGCUUUCACGGAGAAAGAUUUACCUUAUGUUACUUCCACUAUUGAUGUUAAUGAGAAUGAAGAAGUUAGAACUAUUUCUUCAUCUACUUUUGAUAGUGAUGUUGAUUCUGAUUAUGAUUUAAUUCAACUGAUUUUAAAAAGGCAAAAGAAAGAUAUUGAUUCUUCUUGGCACGAUUUGAUGAUCGAGAUUAAUAAUGCUAUGGGGAUGCAGUUAACGUAA